UCACCUCUGAAUGGAAGAGCUGAAGCACAUAGCGAGCCCACCAGGUACCAAGGGCUCUGGUCUCUGCUCUUCUUCCUCAUAAUGAGACCAAAACGGCACCCCUCUGUCCCCACUUCACUCCUCCACAUUGCGCCAUUGAUGACGGCAGGUGAUCGCCAUAAGCCCCGAGAUGCUUCACCUCGUCCCGAACUGCCACACCAUCGUGCUCUCCGGCAGAGCGAGUGCGUGCUCCUCCGGACUGGGCAGAGCGGGUGGAGGAUUCUGCAGUGAAAGGGAAUUCAACAGCUAUGCUGAUCGCUACUCGGGUCGUUUCUUCCGGCGCCUGGGGAUUGGUGACAGAGCUUCCGACUUGCUCCACAGCCGUUACUCGUCGACUUCUUCGCCGCUGAAGGGGGAGAGAUUGGAGCUUGAAUGCUUGGUGGGGGCGUAUGGGUGGGAGGUGCGGAGGCUGGACGAGCGAGAUGAGGAUGAGAUGAGGCAAGUGGCUCGCAUACAAGCUGAGGCCUUCCACGAGCCCACCGCUCUCUUCGACGAUCUCUUCUUCCAGUUUUUCCAGGCAGAAGUACUUUCAGGACUCCUCUACAAGCUGAGGAAUUCGCCGCCUGACCGGUAUGCAUGUCUAGUGGCCGAACCGGCCACGGAGGAGCAGCCGAAUGAACUCGUAGGAGUUGUGGAUGUUACGGUGUUGAGAGAUGAUUCCGUGCUUCAGCACCUGCCGGGAGAAGAAGAGUACCUCUACGUGUCCGGGAUCGCGGUAUCUCAAUCCUUCAGGCGGCAGAAAGUAGCAACAGCACUGUUGGAAGCAUGCGCUGCUCUCUCUAGCAGAUGGGGCUUCCGGUAUCUCGCGCUCCGAGCUUAUGAAGACGAUCUCGGAGCAAGGAAGCUGUACUCCAAUGCAGGCUAUGAGGUCGUGGGAGCCGAUCCAGUGUGGGUAACCUUGAUUGGCAGGAAACGUCGUGUGCUCAUGAUCAAGAAGAUCUAGCUAGCUGCUUGUGGACUAUCAGUUGGCCUUCCGAUUCUAAUUCUCAGUAGCUGGGAAUGAGUUGUGCUGCAACCGUUAGGACAUGCAUUAAUGAUGAACAUGAAAAUGCACCUGGACAUGUACAUAGAAGCUUAGCUCGAAGCCCCAAAUUUCAGUCCAAGCAAGCUUCAAAUGAAAUUUUGCAUUUUAAAGAUAUCGCUCACUAAUUAGUAAAAAGUUGCUAUGUAUGUCAUUAGGGGAGCGUUAGAUUGACCA